AUGAAAGACAAAGCACAGCUUACGCGACUUGCAGUUGUUUUACCGGAUAAAUGCAAACCCAAAUUGUGCCAAAUGGAAUGCAAAAAGGCAUGUCCUAUUAAUAGGCAAGGCAAGCCAUGCAUUACAGUGGAGAAAUCUGCAGUUAAUGCAGUUAUUUCAGAGAUUCUGUGCAUUGGAUGCGGUGCCUGCCAGAAGAAGUGUCCAUUUGAUGCAAUUCGUAUAAUUAACCUGCCAACUAGCUUGUCCAAGGAUGUGGUGCACAGAUACUCUCCAAAUGGAUUCAAGCUACAUCGUCUGCCAGUGCCCAAGCCAAACAAAGUUCUUGGUCUCAUAGGAACUAACGGUAUAGGAAAAAGUACAGCACUUGGUGUACUUUCUGGGCAGACUGUACCAAAUUUAAAUGACUUUAAUAGCACUCCGGACUGGAAUAAGCUUCUGAUUAAGUACAGAGGAUCUGAGCUACACAAGUACUUUACACGCCUUCUGAAUGAAAACAUGCAGAUCUCAUAUAAGACCCAGUAUGUGGACAAAAUACCAAAAGGCUUUAAAGGAAAAAAAGUCAGUGAAGUUCUUUCUAUUGCAGACGAGAAGACUAAGGUGCUGUACAAAGAGCUGGAACUGGAGAAGCUAAGCGAGAGGCUGCUUGAGGACCUGAGUGGAGGAGAGUUGCAGAGAUUUGCAAUUGCGCAGACAAUGGCAAAAGAUGCAGAGGUUUAUAUUUUCGAUGAGCCAUCAUCGUACUUGGAUGUGAGGCAGCGAAUAAAAGUGGCAAAGCUAAUUAAGAAGCUUUGCUCUGACAGAAAGUACGUUAUUGUGGUUGAGCAUGACCUAUCCAUACUUGACCUCAUGAGUGACUAUGGGUGCGUAUUGUACGGCUCACCUGGUGCGUACGGAGUGAUUUCGCAGCCAUUUUCAAUUCGAGAAGCCAUUAAUAUCUUCCUGAAUGGAAUGCUUCCAACUGAAAAUAUGCGGUUUCGAGCUGAGAGUCUAAACUUUAGAAUCUCUGAGAGUGCAGUGAACAUUGUAACAGAUGCAGUGCAGCAGAGCAUAGGAACAGUAAAAUACCCAGAGCUCACAAAAAAAUGGAAGGAUGGAUUUAAGCUUACCGCACAAGGAGGCUCUUUCAUGUCUCCAGAAAUUAUUGUGCUUCUAGGGGAAAAUGGAAUGGGAAAGACAACGUUUAUUAAAAUGCUUUCAGGAGAGCUGUCAACUGACAAUGGAAAGGAGAUUCCAAAGCUAACAGUGAGUGUCAAGCCGCAGAAGCUUUCUCCAAAGUACGCAGACACAGUCAGAAACCUUUUCCUUGCUAAGGCGAAGCAUGCACUUGUGGACUCUUUGUUUACAAUUGAGGUAAUGAACCCGCUUGAUAUAAGGUCGCUUUUUGAAAAAACAGUUAAGGAGCUGAGUGGUGGAGAACUGCAGAGGGUUGCAAUUGCACUCUGUCUAUCAAAGCCGGCAGAUCUGUAUCUGAUAGAUGAGCCAUCUGCAUAUCUAGACUCUGAUCAAAGAAUUAUUGUGUCAAAGGUUCUAAAGCGAUUUAUCACCAGCCAGCAGAGAGCUGCAUUUAUUGUCGAGCACGAUAUGAUUAUGGCCACGUACGUUGCAGACCGAAUGAUGGUCUUUGAAGGCGUGCCUGGGGUAGAGUGUACAGUAACUGCGCCGUGCGGAGUGGUCGAUAGUAUGAACAAGUUCCUCAAGUCACUUGAUGUUACAUUCAGAAGAGACGCAGAGAACUUCCGCCCAAGAAUCAACACUCCAAACUCUGCCAAAGACAGAGAGCAAAAGGAAAGUGGAAACUACUUCUUCAACAAUGAAUAA